UCUCUUUGAAAUGAAAUUAUGUCUUAUUUAUAUAAAUAAUAAAUCUAUUGGUGGUUUUUUUUGAAUUUUACCCUUUGUCUUGAUUUAUCAAUUGGUCCAAAACGUCAAUGAUUGAUUAGUUUGUAUUUUAUUUUAUUUUUUGCUCGAUAACAUUCAAUCAUCAUUCAAAUGAAACUUGCCAUUGAUUUACUUAAAAAUGUCCUUCAAGGAAAUCGUACAGCAUUGGCACAAGCUAUAACAUUACUUGAAUCAACAUCGACUAAUCGUCAAUUUCUACAGAAUCGUUUGGAAUUUAUUCGUGCAUUAAAUAAUGCAAAUUAUGAGCAGAAAAAACCAACCAUACGAAUUGGAAUAUCCGGUUCACCUGGUGUAGGCAAAUCAACAUUUAUCGAAUCAUUUGGAAUGUUUUUAGCCGAUCAAUUGGACAAACGAAUAGCCGUAUUGGCUGUUGAUCCUUCAUCGGCAAUUCGUGGUGGAUCAAUUUUGGCUGAUAAAACUCGUAUGCCACGAUUGACUGCACAUCAGAAUGCAUUCAUUCGACCAUCACCAUCAAGACUUCAUUUGGGUGGUGUUACACAAUCCACCGGUGAAACAAUAUUACUGUGUGAAACAGCCGGUUAUGAUGUCAUUCUAAUCGAAACAGUUGGUGUCGGUCAAUCCGAAUAUGAAGUUCAUCAUCUUUGUGAUAUAUUUGUUUUGUUGGUUGCACCGGCAUCCGGUGAUGAAUUGCAAGGCAUAAAAAAAGGAAUAGUCGAAAUGGCCAACAUUAUCCUAGUGACCAAACAUGAUGGUGAUCUAAUCAUACCGGCAAGACGGAUGCGUGGUGAAAUUCGUUCAGCAACCAAAUUCAUCAAUUACCAAGAACGUCCAUCGGUAUUGUGUGUGUCAGCCAAAACUAAUCAUGGUAUCGAAGAUACAUGGAAAGAAAUCGAUACAAAAGUGAAUGGAAAUUUACAAGCUAAAGAACAGCGACGAAAUGAACAAAAAAUAGGCCUAUUACGAAUAUCAUUAAUUAAUGAAUUAUUUAGCCUAUUGAAUCGUACAUUAGAUAAUGAAAAUUAUGAACAACGUUUACGUAAUGAUCCUAAAUUAUCUAUUUAUGAAUUAGUACAGGAAAUUAUUCAUCAAGAUUUAGCUAAUGCUUUAGGAAAAAUUAAAUACUAAAAUCAAAAUUGUUAAUUGUUUUAUAUUAUUUUUAAAAAGAAAAA